AUGGCGGCCCCUGUCCGCAAUCAGAAGCCGCACCUGUGCGAGCUGCGGCGGUUCAUGGGCUACGCCCGCGAAAGGCGACAGAGGCAGCUGGCCACCGCCGAGCCCGAGGAGACCAACGGCGCCGCAAUGGCUCACGCGUAUCGCAAGUUCCCCACGGGAGAGCAGGCUUUUCGCGGGGAAGAGCAUGUCGCGGCCCUCAUGGGUCGGGCCCCCGAGCGCUUUCGAGCGGGAUUCGGCAAGAUGCCCCGAGCCUGGCGCUGCCUGAAGGGAUGGCGACGGCUCGCUCCAGAACGGUCAACGAAGCUUGCGCCGCUGCCAGAGCGGCGCGCCAUCGCCGUAGAGUUCGCGAGGCGGGACGUGCUCGCCAUCAACCUAGGCGCGACGAUCGGGGCGAGAUGCCACCUGAGCCCCUCGGAGCUGCUUGCCCUGGAGGCCUCGAGCCUGAUCGCCACAGCUUCGCCCGCGCCGCAGUUCCGGGGCCCCUUUUUCAACCUUCGGGCGGAUUACGAGAAAUCAGCUCGUCUCGGGAACUUCUGGAACAACCUGCCCGCGGCCGCGCAGGUGCACGUGCGUCUCUGCGAAGGUCGCCCCGUCGAGUUCCUCUGGUCGCUCGAGCUUGCGCCGAGGCCGCAGCGCGUGCCGAGGUGA